AUGGGCCGGCUCGGACGAAGCAUGCUGGCGCUGCUGGGCAUCGCGCGCAUGGCCACAGGCCUCGACCUGCUCGUGCAUUUGGACGAGACGAUCACGGCGAUGGGCAGCAGUGCGGCGACGCCGGUCGGCUCGAGGGCGAUGGUGUAUGCGCAUCUGCACCAGCGCCACACGACGCAGCAACAUGCGGUGUGGGACAUGGCCGUCGCUGCGGCAACCGACCGCGUUGCCGCCGACCUCGCGCUCGCGACCAUGAUCCCGCUCUGGAUCCAAAACACGAUGCUCGUGCGCGGCGCGACGUCACGCGUCGCAAGCCACUUGGCGAUGCUGCCGAGUGUCCGCGCCGUGCACCUCGACGAGACGAUCCAUCUGGACGCGACCGAGCGCGACAGCACCCUGGACGCACCCGAGAUGAACCCAUCGAUUGACGUGGCAGCGCCAUUUGCGAGCAGCCCGCAGGCCAACAUCAAGAACCUCCAUGCUGAUGAAGCGUGGGCGCUCGGGUUCACCGGCAAGGGCGUCACCGUCGCGAGCAUCGACUCGGGCGUCCGGUACUCGCACCGCAUUCUCGCCCGGUCGUACCGCGGCUAUGUCGAUGGCCACACGUGGCAGCACGACUAUGCGUUUUGGCUUGCGGCGGGGCAGAACCAAACGCUGACGCCGGACAAUGCCGAUGAAGUGGGCCACGGCACGCACACGCUGGGAACAGCGGUUGGCGCUGACGGCGUCGGCGUCGCGCCCGGGGCCACGUGGAUCGCAGCCCGACCCUUCAACGCCGAUGGCUCGGCCAAGCAAAGCGACAUCCUCCUCGCAGCGCAAUGGGUCAUGUGCCCGACGGCCUGGGAUGGGUCGUCGCCCGACUGCCACCGCGGCGCCGACGUCGUCUCCAACUCGUUUGGCGGCAACAGUUCGAUCGACUGGAUGGACAAAGUGGUCGACGCGUGGACGCACGCCCACAUCCUCCCCGUGUUUGCUAGCGGCAAUGUCAACGGCUUUGAAUGCGGCUCGGUCCUGUGCCCGGGCUGCCUCCAAAACGCAGUUGCGGUCGGUGCACUCGUGGGCGCCCAGACGCUCUGGGGUGGUAGCGGCAAAGGGCCUGGCAAGGGCGGCGCCGUCAAGCCCGACUUUGUCGCGCCCGGCGUCGCCAUCCGAUCGGCCGCGAGCUACGACGACGCCAAGUUUACGCGCAUGACGGGCACGUCCAUGGCGACACCGCACGUCUCGGGUGCGGCGGCGAUCCUUCUACAGCAAUGCAAGGCCGGGCCCGCGCCGUGCGUGCCAGCGCAUGUUCUCACUGCGCUUGCGGCGACGACGAGCCACAAGCUCUCCAAGCCGAUUCUGGUGCCGUCGCGCUGCGGCAACACGAGCUACGACGAGUACCCCAACAACAUUUACGGCCACGGGCUCCCCAACGUCGCCCGUGCGCUGCGUCCGGCGACCGCAACAGCGUAG